GCGUUGUUUUUGUUGUUUUGUUGUUUUUUGUUGUUUUUUGGAUCAACACCCGCCAACAAACAAACCGUGUCUCACCUCUGUCCGUGUCCACAGGUGUAGUCCUCAUCUCAGACACUUGACUUCCUCCCCCUCUUUCCCCUCCCGGCAUGGCUGCAGACUCCAUGGAGAUUGAUGACUCUCUGUACAGCCGCCAGCGGUAUGUGCUGGGAGACAGUGCUAUGCACCAGAUGGCCCAGUCCUCAGUCUUUCUCAGUGGAAUGGGAGGACUGGGAAUUGAGAUAGCAAAGAAUAUCGUCCUGGCUGGUGUGAAGGCGGUCACCCUUCACGAUACAAAGCAAUGUGAGACCUGGGAUCUGGGCUCCAACUUCUUCAUCCGUAAAGAUGACGUGUUGAGCCAGAGGAGGAGGGUGGAGGCGGUGUGCCCCCGGGUCGCAGAGUUGAACCCGUACGUCCAUGUUGAUAUGUCUUCCUCUGCUCUGGAUGACAACACUGAUCUCAGCUUUCUCAGAAAGUAUCAGUGUGUGAUUUUGACCGAAGCCAGAUUGAGCCUACAGAAGAGAGUCAAUGAGUUCUGUCACUCGCAGCUACCCCCCAUCAGA